AUGGAGUUAAUAAAGCAAGUAAAUUUUCUAUGCCUCGGUUCACAUGGCAACCCCAGCAACUCCUCACACCCUGCUGCUCCUGAAACUUCUCCAGCUAGCAUACAAUUUCAGCAUCAACCUCGACAAGAUUCUACAGGACCUCUGAAUUCUCAUUUAGCUUUAAAAAAGCCAUCAGCAAACACUGUGCUCUUCCCAGAAUCAGUGGUUAAAGCUACUGCAGUUGCUGCUGGAGCCCGAAUUGCUACCCCUUCCGAUGCUGCAUCAUUAAUUAAGGCUUCACAGUCUAAGAAUGCUGUUUCAUAUCAUGCCUGGUGGAAUUUCUGUAAUAAAAUCCUCGGUGGCUGGCAGCGAAAGACACUUGUCUGGGAAUGUGGUCAUUCAUGGAGCAACACUUCUCUCUGUUUCAGCAUCAAAUGGCUCACAUUCUGCUGCUGGAACGAAGCAAGCUCAAGGCUAUUCUGGAAAACUUGCAGCACCAGCAGUAUAGUCUGA